ACGCUUUUCAGAAGGUUAAACGGAAGCAAAAUUAACCUUUUUCAGGCGCCUACGAACUGGAAUACCUUUUUUUAUGUUAACUUACUUAAUGUGAAGAAAGUAUUUAUAUCUGCAGUUUUCUAUUUGCACUAGUUAACGGUACUUCGACUACUGAGAAUCUUUUUUUAAGACGAAAGAACUGGAUCUCUCAUUUGUGGAAGGAGACAUUUCCUCUGCAACCAGCACUUUGUUCCUUUGCCUGGCUCCAGCUGAUCCUCAUCCUGCGGGAAGCUUGACACCGCACAACGUUUUGACCCAUCGACGGAAAUACUAAUCUUUUGCACCUGGGCAGUUCAGCAGCUAUGCAGCUUGAAAUCCAAGUAGCACUCAACUUUAUAAUUUCUUACUUGUACAAUAAGCUGCCGCGGCGACGCGUCAACAUUUUCGGCGAGGAGUUGGAGCGGCAGCUGAAACAGAAAUAUGAGGGACACUGGUACCCAGACAAGCCAUACAAAGGAUCUGGGUUUCGCUGCAUACACGUCGGAGAGAAAGUGGACCCAGUUGUAGAGCAAGCAGCCAAAGAGAGCGGGUUGGACAUUGAAGACGUCCGCAACAACCUGCCUCAGGACCUUAGCGUCUGGAUCGAUCCUUUCGAGGUGUCUUAUCAGAUCGGGGAAAAGGGACCUGUCAAGGUGCUGUAUGUGGACGAUAGCAAUGAGAAUGGGCUAGAGUUGGACAAGGAGAUCAAGAACAGCUUUAACCCUGAGGCCCAAGUCUUCAUGCCAAUCACCGAGCCUAUGGGACCCUCGCCCACGUCCAGCUCCCCAUCCCCUCCGUUCGGCCAGUCGGCCGCCGUCAGCCCCACCUUUAUGCCCCGCUCCACCCAGCCUUUAACCUUCACCACUGCCACCUUUGCCGCCACCAAGUUCGGCUCCACCAAGAUGAAGAGCAGUGGGCGGAACAACAACAAAGUGGCGCGGAGCUCUCCCACCAAUCUGGGCCUGAAUGUGAACAACCUUUUGAAGCAGAAAGCCAUCUCCACGUCGAUGCAUUCUCUCUACGGCCUCGGCUUGGGUGGGCAGCAGCAGAAGACCUCGGCCCUGUCACCCAAUGCCAAGGAGUUUGUGUUCCCCAGCCUGCAAGGCCAGGGCAGCCCAAGUGCAAUGUUCCCUGGGGAUAGUUCCCUCAGCCUCAGCUCUCUCCAGUACAAUAAUGCCUUUGACGUGUUCGCCGCCUAUGGGGGCCUGAACGAGAAGUCCCUGAUGGACGGCCUGAAUUUCAGCUUGAGCAACAUGCAGUAUUCUAACCAGCAAUUCCAGCCAGUAAUGGCCAACUAGGAAACAAAGAUGUGACUAAAAUGACCAGAGAUAUGUGACCGGGUUGGGGGGGGGUGGGUGUUGCUUAUUUUCAAAAAUUCUGAAAAAGAGGAAAAAAAUAGAAAAGAGAAAAAUGGAAAAGCUUACACGUCAACUGUACAGUCCCAGUGUACAAGUCAAAGAGCAUGAGCCCGAGGGUGAACUACUUUGCCCCCUUGAGUUUUAUUUUUCUUUACUUUUUUCUUUUAUUAUUAUUUUUUUAUAUAUAUAAUGAAGCUUGUAGUACUACAUGUCCAAGCUUGGUUACCUAAACUCAACAUUAUAUUGUUUUUCUUUUGCCAACCAAGCACAAAAUUAUUUUUAUUGACUGUUUUAAAAUAUCUCUAUGAGGAAUUAAAACACAAGUCAUGGCCUCUUACAGUAUUUAAGAUAUAGCUGGACAGCCAAUUUUCAAAGAAUUGGCAGAAAUACUAAGUGGGUUUUCCUGGUCUUUUUUCUAAUUGUAUAAUUUAAUUUAGUACAGAGUUUGUAAAAUAUCAGAGUAUAUAUUGUUUCUACGACAUGGUAUUGCAUUUAUAUCUUUUUACUACUCCAGUGAUCCGUGAUGGCUGCAGCAGCUUUUGUGUUAUUUCUUUUUUUAUUGAAAUUGUAAAAUGAAUCCAUCUUUAAAAACAUCAGCUAUUCUAAAGAUUGUGUACAAAAUAUUCCGUAGUGGUGGGAUUUAAGGAUAUUUGCUUUUUUGAAAAAAACAUAAGAGUUGUAUUUUCUGUUAAGAGUUAAAAGAUUUUUGCUAUAUUAUGGACAAAAUGUAAUCGUAUAUUAAUUUUGUACCUACAUUGUGCAAUACUUGAUAAAAACAAACGGUAUAACAAAGUAUUUGGAGUCAGUGUCUUACAUGUUAAGAGGGACUGAUAGUUUAUUAAGUUUGUAUUAAAAUGCUUGAAAAUAUA